AUGGCAUUAAAGGCAGACAUUCCCCUACUGGAUUACAUCGAGGUAUCUCUGAAGUGCAAAAGAGAGGAAGAGAAAAUGGUUGCCAAUCCUCUGGUGCCCGUCCCAGACCCGUUAAAAAAGGACCAGCCACAUGCCUCGUUCUCCCCUCUAGUGGAGCAGUCGGUGCCCAACUUGAUGGCCGGGGAUGGUCAAGCAAAACCCGGCAGUUCCUGGAGGGAGGAGUACCUGAUAGCCAAGAGCUCGACACCAGGCCGGGCAGUGUGCAUGGUGUGCGGCGGAGUCCUGAGUGCCUCUGGUCCGGCAGCGGCGCGGGAGCAUAUCCUGCAGCACCAUGCCCACUCAUUGGACUUCAGCCUGGAGGAGAAGCAAAACAUCCUGGAGGCCUGGAGUGAAGGAGUGACGCUUACAGAUGGAGAAAUGCAGUCUCCCCACGAAGCAGACGACCCCACAAGGAAACACGAGGAGCCAGCGGAGAUCGAUGUGCUGAUCGAUUUGGAGGAGCAGCCGGCAAGUCGGAAGCACAGGCAGCCAAAAGCACGCAGUGAGAUGGUACGCUCAGAUGCUGGGCAGCGAUCACAAGGUCAACGAAGGCCGCACAGCUCGGACAAGGCCAAAGACUACCAGCCUGGCAAAGUCACAGGGAAAGAGUGGCCGUCAGAAUGCGGCGUCCCGGGUUCAGCACCUGCCGAAAUACGGAUCUUCACGGACGGCAGCUUCCCCGCUGGCUUUGCCUUAAAGCUGUACUGCCGAACUCAGCCAGAAGCGCCCCAGGACCCAGCAGCGAAACCGGCUGCCAAGAAGAAAACAGGGGAUAAGCCUUAUCGCGAUUGCUCCGUCUCUUUGCUGCGGCUUCAUUCCACAGACUCUCCUCACCGCCUAGGACUGACCCAGUCCGUUGCCCCCCGCCCCCUCAGCAACUCCUUUGCCCGUGGCAAUGUCAAAGACUGUGGUGUCAAACUGGGCCAGCGGAAAGCCACAGAGGUCAAAGCAGGGGAUCCCUCACCCAAGAACUUUGACCCCGCCUGGCGAGCCCGCUUCCUCAUGGACUUUGACGCCGUCACUGGCCGGCUGGUGUGCAUGGUCUGCGAGAACGCCCUGCGCCAAGUGUGCCUGGCCACUGUCAAGCAGCACAUCCUCCAGUGCCAUGCCGAGACCCUCCACUUGCCUCGCGAGGUUCGCCGCACCAUCCGGGAAGUCUGGGAGUCCCGAGGACAGUCUCCCACUCCGCCUCUACGGAAAUGA